AUGUCCUACUACGACAUUGAUUCCAUCCUUACGGAUGCCGAGAAAAUUCCCUGCAAAUUCGAAAUCGACGCCGCCGACCUAGGCUAUCUCGACAACAACCCGUCACAUGCACUGAAAGCCGGCACCCCGAUCACUCUGCCCCUCUGGCUUGCCGAGAUGCUCGCCCUCGCCAGCACCGGCGAAGACUCCAAGGCCCCAGUCACUCUCAACCUGCCUCCCGCCCUGUCGAGCCAAGUCGUGCAAGCCCUCAAAGCCGACUCGCGAGCCGUACCCGUUCGGAAUCAAUGCGCCCACUUCUACGGCCUCGGCACUCGCAUCCUCGACCUAUUUGACGAGCGCGAACUGAGCGAGGUGAUGCGCAAGACAUUUGUCACGCGGGCAGCCGAGAUCUCUCUACACGCUCGCAAGGGAGGCGAUGACGGUGUUGGUGGCUCUAGCGAGGACUUCCUCCGCGGUCUGGAUGAGUGGGAGCGAAGUCUCUUCCGCAAGGCACACGACGGCACCAAGGCUUCCAAGGAGUGGAUGGACAAGGUCAAGAAGCACUAG